AUGGACCGAGGAGCCUGGCAGGCUGUAGCCCAGGGGGUCACAAAGAGUCAGACACGACUGAGGACACACCAGAGACACACCCCUUCUCUCCUUCCUAUUGUUGCCUGGUCCUAUCCCAUCAGCCUCCAUCCUCACCACUCAACCACAGUCCAUCUCUCCUCCUGGCUUCUCCUCCAAAGCAAGGCCCCAAAUAUUUCUCUGGCACUGGAGGAAACUCAUUCUUUCUGGUUUAAUUCGCCCCGUCUGGCCUUAAUUGCUUUGCCCUGUUGUAAGAAGAGACCUCCCAUGGCGACAACCCUGAGGAUGGGCUGGGGGGUUGGGGGGGCCACUGGAGGACUGGGGAGGAAGUCGGGGCAAGCUGUUGAGUGGGGAGUGGAUUAG